ACAACUCCUUCCUAAAACCGCAGUAACCCAGCUAGCAAUAUUCCAACCAUGCAAGCAACCGUGCUGCGCUCGCAAGUCCUCCGCGCAGCCGCCAGACCGACCGCAGCCCGCGCCGUCCCCCGCGCCCGCCGCACCUACGCUGCCGGCCCAGGCGGCGAAGCCGCGCCCCAGCCCGGCGCGCCCAAGGGCGGCAGCAACACCCCGCUGCUCGUGGGCCUGCUCGCCGUCGGCGCGGGCGGCGCGUACUACUACUACUACGCGACGGCGGGCGAGACCGCCGGGGCGCGGCGCAAGGCGGACCAGGAGGCGCUCAAGGGGCACGUGAACGGCGCGGUCGACGCGGGCAAGGCGACGGCGCAGGACGCGCUGCAGGAGGGGCAGCAGAAGUACGGCGAGCUGAAGGGAACUGGCGCGGAUAAGCUGCAGGCCGAGCGCGCGCGGGCGGAGCGCGCGGCGGCGGACGCCGAGGCGAAGCUGGAGCAGUACAAGGCGCAGGCGAAGGGCGCGUACAGCUCGACCGUCGCGUCCGCGCAGGAAAAGUACGACCACGCGCGCGCGAGCGCGUCGAGCACGCUCUCGGACGCGGAGCGCAAGCUCGAGGAGGCGAAGGCGGCGACGGAGAAGCAGGCGAGCAGCUGGUGGAGCUGGCUCACGUUUGGCCUGUUUGGCGGGAACCAGGCGAGCGGGAAGGAGGAGGGCGCGGAUAAGGUGAAGCAGGAGAGCGCGAGCUUGAGCGAGACGCAGAGGAAGGUGUAGGUGGAGUGGACAAACGCCGGUGGCGCUCAAUUCUUUUGUAUUUUCAUGGUGUAUGUAAUCUAAUGACAAGGAUGUACCACCACAACUUGGUCUAUUGAACCUGCUACUUCGACUCGUCGCCUCGCCCUGUCCAUACAGGCCAGAACAAACGUCGAGUCGUCC